AUGAAACUUAAUCCAAGAAAAUGCAAAGAAAUGCUAUUCAACUUUAUGCUUAACCCGAAUAUUGUAAAGAAUCCAAUAUUUAUCGGUGAUCAAGAGAUUGAACGGGUUUCAACCUAUAAGCUAUUAGGUGUUGUACUUAGUGAUGACCUAAAAUGGAAUAAUCACAUUGAUUAUAUCGUCUUGAAAGGUAGCAAAUGUUUAUACGGCCUUAGACUUAUGAAAUGGGCUGGUGCAAAACCGUCAGUUAUUCUUAUAAGAGUACUGUUAGACCAAUUCUUGAAUAUGCAGUGCAAGUGUGGCAAAACAUACCAGGAUAUUUGUAUAAUAUAUCCUGAUUGUACGUACAAUGAGGCACUCCUGCUUACUAAGGAGUCUCUAUUGGCUGAUCGAAGGAGAACGUGUAGAAAACUGAUGUCAGAAAUGUGCACUGUGAAUGAACACCCAUUGUCAUUUCUACGGUCAAAAUUAGAAGAGAGAACAGUGCGAUACAACCUAAGAUCUGGCCAAUAUCAUUAUGAAAGAAAGAUAUGGAAAGCCAAGUGGACUGAAUCCUUUUUUACAUUUAAGUAUGAGAUGGACUGCAACUAG